AUGAAACUGAUCGUAGCCCUUUGUUUGGUGGCAGUAGUGGUUGCUGUACCAGUCCAACGGGUAAACUUGUACUCAACAGACAAUGUGCAACUUUUGAGGCUUGAAAAUGACAACCCAGGAGAAGGCAAUUAUAGAUUCGCAUUUGAACAAUCGGAUGGAACCAAACAUGAGCAACAGGGACAAAUUAUCAAUGAAGGUAGUGAAGACGAAAGCAUAGCAGUAAAGGGAUCUUAUUCCUGGGUCGGACCUGAUGGCGUGACUUACGUCGUGAACUAUACGGCUGACGACGAAGGUUUCCACCCUGAAAUCGAGCAGGGUCCCGGUGGUGGCAUACCAGCGGGGGUUGUUGCUUCUCUUCUCGGUUAA